AAAUACUCUCACCGUGAAUAUCUGGAAGGAUGGGACAGAUUUCAUUUCACACUGUAGCAUCCCUAAAUGCAUGAGAGGAUUUAUCUGUAUGCUUAGUGCUCUGCUCUGCAUCUGGAGCUUCUUGUGGAUUGUACUGUCUGUAGGAUCAGAAAUGAUUUUCUCGGAUAUGAACUCCGUUCCUGGCUCCCCUAAAGUGCAUCCUCCUAAUGGGACCCGAUUUUAUACCUUUCAAGAAUUUGCUGCUCUGACAAAAGAAUUAAAUGCAUGCCGGGAACAACUGCUAGAAAAAGAAGAAGAAAUAUCUGAACUUAAGGCUGAGAGAAACAACACAAGAUUGUUACUGGAGCAUUUGGAGUGCCUUGUUUCAAGACAUGAGCGGUCACUAAGAAUGACUGUGGUUAAAAGGCAAGCCCAGUCCCCAUCAGGCGUUUCCAGUGAAGUGGAGGUUCUCAAAGCCCUGAAGUCCCUGUUUGAGCACCACAAGGCAUUGGAUGAAAAGGUAAGGGAGCGACUGAGGGUUUCUUUAGAAAGAGUCUCUGCACUGGAAGAAGAACUAACAGCUGCUAACCAGGAGAUUGUUGCUUUGCGGGAACAAAAUGCUCACAUUCAAAGGAAAAUGGCAUCUGGAGAAGGGUCCACAGAGUCAGAACAUAUGGAGGGGAUGGAGCCUGGCCAGAAAAUCCAUGAAAAGCGUUUGUCCAAUGGUUCCAUAGACUCAACAGAUGACACCAGCCAAGUGAUGGAGCUCCAAGAGUUACUUGAAAAGCAAAACUGAAUGGUCCAAAUGAAAGAACGCUUAGCAGCGCUUUCUUCCCGGGUGGGAGAAGUGGAGCAGGAAGCAGAGACCGAGAAGGACCUCAUUAAAACAGAGGAAAACACUAAAUAUCAAAGGGACAUCAGAGAGGCUAUGGCACAGAAAGAAGACAUGGAAGAAAGAAUCACCACUCUUGAGAAGCGUUAUUUAAGUGCCCAGAGAGAAUCCACCUCCAUCCAUGACAUGAAUGAUAAACUAGAAAAUGAGCUGGCAAAUAAGGAAGCCAUCCUACGUCAGAUGGAGGAGAAGAACAGACAGUUACAGGAACGUCUGGAGUUGGCUGAGCAAAAGCUGCAGCAGACCAUGAGGAAAGCUGAGACCUUACCGGAAGUGGAGGCCGAGCUUGCUCAGAGAAUUGCAGCAUUGACGAAGGCUGAGGAGAGGCAUGGUAACAUUGAAGAGAGGAUGAGGCAUUUGGAAGGUCAGCUUGAAGAGAAGAACCAGGAACUUCAAAGAGCUAGACAAAGAGAAAAAAUGAAUGAAGAACACAACAAAAGGUUAUCAGACACUGUAGAUCGACUUUUGACGGAAUCCAAUGAACGUCUGCAGCUACACUUGAAAGAAAGGAUGGCAGCUCUGGAGGAGAAGAAUGUGUUAAUUCAAGAAUCUGAAAGUUUCAGAAAGAAUCUUGAAGAAUCUUUGCAUGAUAAGGAAAGAUUAGCAGAAGAAAUUGAAAAGCUGAGGUCAGAACUAGACCAAUUGAAGAUAAGAACUGGCUCUUUGAUUGAACCCACAAUAUCAAGGACACACUUGGAUACCUCAACAGAACUUCGGUAUUCUGUAGGUUCUCUUGUGGACAGCCAAUCUGACUACAGGUCAACUAAGGUCAUAAGAAGACCCAGGAGAGGCCGUAUGGGAGUCCGAAGAGAUGAACCGAAGGUGAAAUCACUUGGGGACCACGAGUGGAACAGAACUCAGCAAAUGGGAGUCCUGAGCAGCCACCAUUUUGAAAGUGACACUGAAAUGUCUGAUAUUGAUGAUGAUGAUAGAGAAACUAUUUUUAGCUCAAUGGAUCUUCUGUCCCCAAGCGGCCAUUCUGAUGCCCAGACUCUAGCCAUGAUGCUUCAAGAACAAUUAGAUGCAAUAAAUAAAGAAAUCAGGUUAAUUCAGGAAGAGAAAGAGUCCACAGAACUACGUGCUGAAGAAAUCGAGAACAGAGUGGCCAGUGUCAGCCUAGAAGGUUUGAAUCUAGCUAGAGUCCAUCCAGGUACUUCGAUCACUGCCUCAGUAACAGCUUCAUCACUAGCAAGUUCAUCUCCUCCUAGUGGCCACUCCACGCCUAAGCUUACUCCCCGAAGCCCAGCCAGGGAGAUGGAUCGAAUGGGAAUCAUGACUCUGCCAAGUGAUCUAAGGAAACAUCGGAGAAAGAUCGCAGUGGUUGAAGAAGAUGGUCGUGAAGACAAAGCAACGAUAAAAUGUGAGACAUCUCCUCCCCCCACGCCAAGAGCGAUCAGAAUGACACAUACACUUCCUUCAUCCUAUCACAAUGAGGCCCGGAGUAGUUUACCAGUGUCCUUGGAACCUGACAGCAUCGGUCUUGGCAGUGCCAACAGCAGCCAAGAUUCCCUCCACAAAGCCCCCAAAAAGAAAGGAAUCAAGUCUUCAAUAGGACGCUUGUUUGGUAAAAAAGAGAAGGCCCGGCUUGGACAGCUCAGAGGUUUUAUGGAGACGGAAGCUGCAGCACAGGAAUCUCUAGGGUUAGGCAAACUUGGAACUCAAGCUGAGAAGGACCGGCGACUAAAGAAAAAGCACGAACUUCUGGAAGAAGCUCGAAGGAAGGGAUUACCUUUUGCCCAAUGGGAUGGGCCCACAGUGGUUGCAUGGCUAGAGCUGUGGUUGGGAAUGCCUGCCUGGUAUGUUGCAGCUUGCCGGGCCAAUGUCAAGAGUGGCGCUAUCAUGUCUGCUCUGUCAGACACAGAGAUCCAGAGAGAAAUAGGAAUCAGCAACCCUCUGCAUCGCCUGAAACUCCGAUUAGCAAUCCAGGAGAUGGUUUCCUUAACAAGCCCUUCUGCUCCCCCUACAUCUCGAACGCCCUCAGGCAAUGUUUGGGUGACCCAUGAAGAAAUGGAAAACCUUGCUGCUCCAGCCAAAACGAAAGAAUCUGAGGAAGGAAGCUGGGCCCAGACUCUGGCUUAUGGUGAUAUGAAUCAUGAGUGGAUUGGUAAUGAGUGGCUUCCCAGCUUGGGAUUACCUCAAUACAGAAGUUACUUUAUGGAAUGCCUGGUAGAUGCAAGAAUGUUAGAUCACCUGACGAAAAAAGAUCUCCGGGUCCAUUUAAAAAUGGUGGAUAGCUUUCAUAGAACAAGUUUGCAGUAUGGAAUUAUGUGCUUAAAGAGGCUGAAUUAUGACAGGAAAGAACUGGAAAGGAGACGGGAAGCAAGUCAACAUGAAAUUAAAGAUGUGUUGGUGUGGAGCAACGACCGGGUGAUUCGCUGGAUACAAGCAAUCGGACUUCGCGAGUAUGCAAACAACGUGCUUGAGAGCGGCGUGCACGGAUCCCUUAUAGCGCUGGAUGAGAACUUCGACUACAGCAGCUUAGCUCUACUAUUACAGAUUCCUACGCAGAAUACACAGGCAAGACAAAUUCUUGAAAGAGAAUACAACAAUCUCCUGGCACUGGGAACUGAGCGGCGACUGGAUGAAAGUGAUGACAAGAAUUUUAGACGUGGGUCAUCAUGGAGAAGACAGUUUCCUCCCCGUGAAGUCCAUGGGAUCAGUAUGAUGCCUGGUUCCUCAGAGACAUUGCCAGCUGGGUUUAGACUAACCACCACAUCUGGCCAAUCUCGGAAAAUGGCAACAGACGAUGUCAUCUUUUCCGUCUACUCUACCUGAAGUGCACUAUCACCUUAGAAGAGGAGCCGUGAAAACUAUUUGGACAAUUGAGCCCUAAGGGAAAAUAAUGACAAGUCAAGGUUUAUUAAGCUGAAAAUGUGAUUCUUUUCCCAUGCAUUGUUUGGUUAGUUCACUACAAUUGUAAGAAAAAAAACAAAAAGCUUAAGUCAUUUUAAAUAAGCAUCCUUAACACCAGAUGUUUUACAAAAUGGAACCACUCAUUUUUACAUUGUUCCAUCUGUUUUACUGUAAUAUACUAGACAUUUAUGUAUUACUGUGUAUGUAUUUCUUUUAAAAUGUGUAAGUUUUAUGUAAAAAUUGAUAUAAAUAUGAUUUUAUAUAAAAAAAAUUCUAUGGUUCAUGGAGUCUGAGUGCAAGCACUUGACAAUUAUCCUGUUUGUAUCUUAUCAUUCCAUUUUUACAGUUUUUGGAUUGUAACAGUCGGAUGAAUAUGUUUAUUGGAGUUAGCUUCCACUCCUUCCUCCUUCAAAUCUGUCAAUACUUAAAGCUGGACACCUGCCUCUGAUCCCAUCCAAAUGGAAUGAUUUAACCUGGAAAUGGAGCCAAAAUGGACCUUCAAAGGCAACCUGAAAUGCCCAAUACCUGUAGAAAAGCACUGUGAUGCCUCUCUAUCCUUUCCAACACAAAACCAAGCCAACUGUUUACAAAAGCAAUGACUAAAAACCAAGUUUCUAAGGAACAUUAUCUUUUCUUGUUACCUGUGGACCAAGAAAGAACCUUUCUUUCCUAAUAACCACAUUUUCAUUCUAAGGUCUUCAGUCGCCAGCCAGCAUUAGACAGUGAUCUCUAAGCACUGCAAGGAGUCUGAGGCUCAAAUUUCCUACUUUAAAAACAAACAAAUAACACUGAAAUCCCCACCCCGCCCCUACACACUUUUUUUCUUUUGUCUUUGGAAUAGGGCAUUAGCCAGACCCAUGACUAAUGUUAUAAGCUUUUAGCCAAGAUGGCCUUGUUGAGACUUCCCUGAAGUCCAUUUUUAUCAGAGGAAAUAACUGAAAGACAGAAUAAAUAACAUAUAUAGUGUAUAAAAAUAUAGAAGAGCAACUCUUCCCUGUGGCUUUAUUUGGUGGUGUGACUGUUGUUUAUUCUUUGUUUACAUGGGAAAUUUCAAAGUACAACCUAUUUAAUAAUGCCAUUUACCUAAAUGCUAAUUUUCUGCUGCUUGACCUUAUUAAGCUCAAGACCUGUCUUUUAGUUAUUUCUUUUCGCAGUUUAAUUUGCAAUGUUUGCACGUACAUAACAUUUGUUUUGUUGUCUUCUGUUUGACAGAUUUCAGUAGAAAGGUAACGGUGAGAGAAUUUUCCCCCAAUUG